GAAGAAGAAGAGUUGAACGUCAAACUCGGUGUCGCUUUAAUGUGAAGAGGCAUCUACAGCAUCGUUUGUGUUUCUUUGUUUGACGCAGCUUUGCAGCACAACAAACAGAAUUGUUGGUGAAAUUGAUUUCCAUGCCUCAGGAAUCCUGUGGUCACAUGACCAGAGAAACGUCUGUGUGUGGCGUUGUGUAGAGAGCAAAGGGUUCAUGUCGGAGUAACCGGGCCCUUUGUAUCGGUGUUUAUGAUCCCUGGCCUCUGACCUGAAGGCGAUGGGUCCAAGGAGGAAGUCAUCGAAGAGCCAGCCUGUAGGUGUGAGCAGCACUGCUGAGCUGGUGAUAAGACAUGAUGACCCAAAAGACUACAUCAAUGAGCUCUCGCACGAAGUGCUCUGCCAUAUAUUCAGGUAUCUGCCCAUGAAGGAUAUCAUGUGUAUGGAGUGUCUAUCCAGAAAGCUGAGGGAGGCAGUCACUCUGUACCUCCGAGUGGUCAAAGUGGUGGACCUUUGUGCAAGCCGCUGGUGGGAGUAUAUGCCUUCAGGUUUUACAGACAGCAGCUUCCUGUUACUCCUGAAGAAGAUGCCGGAUUUGGAGCAGCUGUAUGGGCUCCAUCCUCGAUACCUGGAGAGAAGGAGAGUGAGAGGCUACGAAGCUUUUAGCAUACCUGGAGUACUGGAGGCCCUACAAGCCUGUCCCAAUCUUUUGGGUGUAGAGACCUCCCAUUUGGAACUUGUAGAGGCUAUAUGGAACUACAUGCCCGAGGUCCACAUACUGGGGAAGUUCCGAAACCGAAACGGGGCGUUUCCUAUUCCUGCUGAGAACAAACUGACUAUUCCCAUAACUGCAAGGAUCCAGACCUUGCAUUUAGUAGGAGUUAAUGUCCCAGAGAUUCCUUGUGUGUCCAUGCUGCGCCACCUCUACCUGAAGUGGGUUCGUCUCACCAAGCCCCAACCUUUUAAGGACUUUCUGUGUGUUAGUCUGAGGACAUUUGUCAUGCGUAAUUGUGCUGGACCAACAAACUCUCUCAAAUAUGUUCCACUCGUAACGGGCUUGGCAUCGGCCCGUAAUCUGGAGCAUCUGGAGCUCGUGAGGGUUCCUUUUCUGGGAGGGCUGAUUCAACAUAUUGUGGAGGACAGCUGGCGAUCAGGGGGCUUCCGCAAUCUGCACACCAUAGUAUUUGGCGCAUGUAAGAAUGCUCUAGAAGUGGACCUAGGCUACCUCAUCAUCACUGCUGCUCGCAGGCUUCAUGAAGUACGUAUCCAGCCUUCACUGACUAAAGAUGGCGUCUUCUCAGCUCUCAAGAUGGCAGAACUGGAGUUUCCUCAGUUUGAGACGCUUCACCUGGGAUAUGUGGAUGAGUUCCUACUGCAGUGUAAACUGAGUCAUUCAGAGCUGGUGAAGUACGGCCUGGCAGAUGUUAUUGAGAACCCGGGCAUCAUCACAGAUAUUGGCAUGAGGGUGGUAAAUGAGGUGUUCACCAACAUUAAGUACCUCCUGAUCUACAACUGUCCUCAUCUACACAACCCUCACCACUGGAUCACAGAUCAUUCACGCUGGAGCCGUCUCGUUGAUCUGACUCUGGUACGGUGCCAUGCCAUCAAACUGGAGUCCUUCUCCCAGUUUAUUGAGUUACUGCCCAGUGUGGAGUUUAUCUGCCUGGACCAGAUGUUUCGAGAACCACCUAAGGGAUGUGCCAGGGUGGGCCUCAGUGCAGGGACGGGGAUUGGAGUUUCAUCAGCCCUGGUCAGCAAUCAGAACUCCAACAUCGACAAUGACAACAAUAACAACAACAACAACCAUCAUAACAAUGAUGCCAACCUGCCUCCCCCUCCCCAGCCCGUCAACAAUAACAUCAAUAAUCAGAGAUGGCAGCAGCAGCACGGGCCUGUGGAUGUUAACAGAGUGGAGGAUGAAGAAGAACAGGAUGAGGUUAUAUUGGAGGGAGGGAACUUGGAGGCAGAUCCCCAAUUGAAGUUAGAGGAAGAAGAGGAGGAGGUGAAAAUGGAAGAGGUUGACAUGGCUCCAGAUCAACGUCAUCCUACUGAAAUACCAGCUUCUCUUGAUGAGGAGCAGGCAGGUCCAAGUGGUUUAGUCCAGCAGUGCAGGCCAGCAUGUGCCAUGGUAAAGAAGUCCACACUUAUCAUCUCAGACUCUGACAGUGAGGAAGAAGAAAGCCUAGCUGUGAGAGAAACUUCAUCCUGUCUCCAGCAGUCAGCGCCGCGUACAUCUGAUGCCAGCCACACACAGGAGACAACCAACACCCACAGCAGUAAAGGAAAGACACCCCUUCGGCGGCGUGGUACCCCAGCAGUAGGAGUCACAGUGACAGCAGCUCAGGACACAGGAAGCAGCUGUGAGAAGAGCUGUCAGGUGACCAGUGAACAGAUCAAGGCUGAUAUGAAGGCUGCCGCAGAGAACAGCACCAGUGGCGGUGCCACUGGUGGAAGACAAAUCAUUGGGGUUGGGGAUGGGGAAUCUGGUAUAAGGGAGGGAGCUGAGACUGGGGUAAGGCAAGGAAGUGGGAUUGCGGGAGCAGGAGGAAGGACUGAGAUGAGACAUGGAGUUGUGCCUGCAAGGAUAGGGGCUGAGAUAGAGCAGGCUGGGGAGACUAGGGCAAGGCCUGAGGCUGGAUCUAGGAAGGUUUUGGCUGGGACAACCCAAAGAUCUGUGGAACCGCCUAAAACAGGUGCUGGAGCUUGCCAAAACAAAGGAGGAAGAGUAGGCUCGUGUGAAGCAAGGGUCGGAGGAACUUGUACCGGUGAGGUUAGGGAGAGGCCAACUACUGGGGUUGGGAGAGAAACUGGAAAUCCAAAUUGGGCUAGGACCAGUGGAGUUAAGACUGAUAUGGAGCCAAGAGGGACCGCUGGAGCCCACGUACAGAAAAGAGGAACAGCUGGGCAGGGAGAGAGACCACUUGACUCUCCUGGAUCACACUCUUCCUCAAGUGUACAGCAGGAGAGGAAUGGAGGGGAAGAGUUUGUUCCCAGGAGACCUUUGACAAGAUCACGCAGCCGAAUAUCAUCCGUACCCCUGGCCAAUGAGGCAGAACUGUCAAGAGCAAGGCCUCGUAUAGCCGUUAGAAGGAAACGAACUUUUGACAAAUCAACUAGCACCUCCGACCCCGUCACUGAGGAUGACCAUGUCCAGGUUUUAUCUUUGAAGAGUAAAAACCUAGUGGGCAUCACGUUGACCAACUGUGGAAUCACAGACCUGGUUCUCAAAGACUGUCCCAAGAUGAUGUUUGUCCACGCCACUAGGUGUCGUGUCUUGAAACAGCUACGAGUUGAAAGCGCUCCCAUAGUGAACAGGUUUGACUAUGCGCAGUGCAAAAAGCUGGACAUGGAGCAGGUCCUGGAUCAGAUACUGCGAAUGCCCCCUGAAAGGAACCGCAUCAUCUACAUGCGCCCCAUGCAUCGGGUUAAUUCUCUAGCACUGGAGCGUCAGUUGUUCCAGGGGCCGUACCCGUACCACAUCGCUAUCGUGCACGAGUUCAGCAACCCUCCGAAUGUGCGGAACAAGGUCCGCAUUCGCAGCUGGAUGGACACCAUUGCAAACAUCAGCCAGGAGCUGAUAAAGUAUGAGUUUUUCCCCGAAGCCACAAGGACAGAGGAGGACAUCAAGAAGUACCCUAACUACCCCUGGGGCCGGGACAUCUAUACAAUAGAAGGAGUUGUGGAUGCUGCCCCCUACUGCAUGAUAACGGACUUCCCCUGGUUGAGGACUUUGAGGACAGCUGACCCCAACAGUUACGCCCGCUAUGACUUUGAGGAUGACGAGAGCGCCACCAUCUAUGCCCCGCGGCGCAAAGGCCAGCUGUCGGCUGAUAUCUGCAUGGAGACUAUAGGGGAGGAGAUCUCAGAGCGCAGACAGAGCAGAAGAGGGGUCUUUCAGAGAUUGGUAGUCCUCUUCAUUCAUCAUUGUGACACACCAGGGGAACCUGUGGAUGAUGACUACAUCUAGGCACAAUACCGCGACAAGAGCAAGCGAUAUCUGAAGUGCAAGAUCAAAGCUCGAAGGAAUGGAUAAAAAAAGAGGCAGUUUUUUUUCUUGCGCCAAAUCUAGAAAUGAUAUAUGUUGAUCUUCAUUUUGGAAUGUUGUAUAUAAAACCUGAGAAUUCUGUUACCAGACAUGAAAGGUGAUUGUUAUAUCUAGAAAUGUGUUCUCCUCUCAUGGUUACAAGCACUUUCUGUGGACUAUGAAUAAAAAUCUUUUUUGUU